AUGGAAGAGGCGGAAGCAAUUAGCGAGAAGGAGAGCUCCCCGGAGCCAAAACGGAGAAGUAGAAAGCGGGAAACGCAGAUGCAGCCGCCGCCGAAGGAAGCCGCCGAGGAGCCGGAGGGUCCGAGUACCAGGCGCACGCGGUCGCAGGCGGCUCCCGAGUGGACGACGAAGGAGGCGCUGGUGCUGGUGAACGAGAUCGCUGCAAUUGAAGGGGACUGGCUGAAAGCACUGUCGUCGUACCAGAAAUGGAAGAUCGUGGUGGAGCACUGCAACGCGAUGGAUGUGCGGCGGAAUCUGUUCCAGUGCAGGGGGAAGUGGAACUCGCUGCUGACGGAUUACAAUCUCAUCAAGCAGUGGGGUUGCAAGGCGAGGCAGGGGAGCGAUCCGUACUGGUCACUGGAUAGGGAGAGGAGGAAGCAAUUUGGAUUGCCUGAGAAUUUCGAUGGUGAGCUGUUCAAGGCGAUUGAUGAGUACGUUAGGUCGCAGGCCGACGAGAUGGAUUCCGAUCCGGAAACGGAUCCUGAUGGUGACGCCGAGUUGCUUGAGGUGAUUGCCAGGCUAGGGUCCAAGAGGAAAAAACGUUAUAUAUCUGUUUUGGAAGUUGGAGGAGAGCCGUUGCAAGGUGCUGCAGAAAGGCUAUCUCAGGGAACUUACGCAGAAGAAAACCCUCAGCUAUACUACCCAGAAGAGGGUGACGCAGAAGAAAUGCCCGGGCUAGACUAUCCAGAAGAAGAGGAGGGUCCUGGUGAAGAAAUUCCUGUGGAAGAAAUGCAUCAGCCGCAGUUGUCCACAGAAGAGAAACAGGUGCGUUGUUGGAUCGAGGAGAAAAAUGAGGGGGCGGCAGUCGAAGUUGAGGAAGAGAAUAAUAUGGAAGAAGCUCAUGUUGAAGAGAAGAACGAGGCAGCGGUAGAAGAAGAGGAAGCUCACAAUGAAAACCCUGUUGAAGAAGAAGAAGACAUCCAUGAAAAAGAGAUGAUCCAUGCACCAAUAGUAGAAGAGGAGGCUCAUCAUGAGAUCCCGGCUCAAGAAGAACUAUGCAUCCAUGAAAAGGAGACGAACGAGGCAGCAUUAUUACAAAUGGAAGCUCCCCGCGAGAGCCUUGUUGAAGAAGAAGGGGUCCAGAGAGUCAAUGUACAAAAUGGAGGAGGAGGAGGAGGUGGUCAGCAGGAAAUGUGCGUUGAGGAACAGAAUGGUGAUGAUAGCUACGGCAGCGAAAGCAUUCCAUCUGGUGAGGUGGAAGUGGAAGGAGAGAAGAACGGUGACGAGAAGAGUAGAUCUGCGCUGGGGGAACAAAGGCCUCACAAGAGAGGCAGGAAACCGAAAGCGCUGGUGGAAGAAGAGAAGAUGGCGGAGCAAGUUUACGAGCAUGCGAAGUUAAUGAUCGCUAUAGCCGAAACCAAAUAUCCUACUCCUCCUCCGGAGCCUGGAUUUGGCGAUGAUGCCGCAGUGGAGGCGGCCAAGACGGAGUUUGUAAGGCGCCAAGCGGACCAGCUUAUAGCAUCCCUAGGUAAGAUUCUGAGUAUACUCGAACAGUAUCCUUAUCUCGUCCAAAAAUACAGCUAG